AGCACGGAGAGCUCCUCAGAAGGGGAUCAACUGACCUCCCUUACCUAGCUCCUCCUCCGGAGGUUUGCCCUGGAGUUGAGCCAGCCCUUGAGGAGGCCUUCACUCCCACCACCAAUCUCCCUUCUGGAAGUGAGCUCAGGCCUGGCUGGGCUCCAGGAGAAUCUUUCACAAGGCAAGAGAUAACACAAAGUCAAGGUGAAGAUCAGUGUAGCCCUUUAAAAGCCUCUUUGUGUCCUAGAGUUGCCGGAGCUCUCCCACUCCACCGCUAUCCCUCUUGCCUGCCAGCACCCAGCCACCAUGUGGGAGCUUGUGACUCUCUUGCUGUUCACCCUCACCUAUUUCUUUUGGCCCAAGAGAAGGUCCCCUGGUGCCAAGUACCCCAAGAGCCUCCUGUCCCUGCCCGUGGUGGGCAGCCUGCCAUUCCUCCCCAGACAUGGCCAUAUGCAUCAGAACUUAUUCAAGUUGCAGAAAAAAUAUGGACCUAUCUUUUCCCUUCGUAUGGGCAGCAACCUUACGGUGAUUGUUGGCAACCAUCAGCUGGCCAAGGAGGUACUUAUGAAGAAGGGCAAGGACUUCGCUGGUCGGCCUCAAGUGGCAACCAUAGACAUCCUGUCCAACAAGGGCAAGGGCAUUGCCUUUGCUGACUACAGUGCACAAUGGCAGCUGCAUCGAAGGCUUGCGAUGGCCACCUUUUCCCUGUUCAAGGAAGGCGAUCAGAAGCUGGAGAAGAUCAUUUGUCAGGAAAUCAGUAUAUUGUGUGAUAUGCUGGCCACCCACGAUGGACAGAGCAUAGACAUGUCCUUUCCUGUCUUCAUGGCGGUAACCAAUGUAAUCUCCUUGAUCUGCUUCAAUUCCUCCUACAAGAAUGGAGCCCCUGAGUUGAAGAUCGUAGAGACUUACAACCAUGGCAUUGUAGAAGCCCUGGCCAAGGAGAGCCUGGUAGACAUGUUCCCCUGGUUGAAGGAGAAAUUCCGCAGCGACUCUAUCAUCAGCAUGCUGGAUGUCCUGAUGCAAGCGAAGAUGAAUGCGGAUAAUGGCAACGCCAGCCCAGAUCAAGAUGCAGAGCUGCUUUCAGAAAACCACAUUCUCACCACCAUAGGGGACAUCUUUGGGGCCGGCGUGGAGACCACCACCUCUGUGGUCAAGUGGAUCGUGGCCUACCUGCUGCACAAUCCUCAGGUGAAGAAGAAGCUCUACGAGGAGAUUGACCAGAAUGUGGGUUUCAACCGCACACCAACUAUCGGUGACCGUAGCUGUCUGCUCCUGCUGGAGGCCACCAUCCGAGAGGUGCUUCGCAUCAGGCCUGUGGCCCCUAUGCUCAUCCCCCACAAGGCCAACGUUGACUCCAGCAUCGGUGAGUUUGCUGUGGACAAGGGUACCCAUGUUGUUAUCAAUCUGUGGGCGCUGCAUCACAACGAAGAGUGGCACCAGCCGGACAAGUUCAUGCCUGAGCGUUUCUUGAAUCAAGCGGGAACCCAGCUCAUCUCACCGACAUUAAGCUACUUGCCCUUCGGAGCAGGACCUCGCUCCUGUAUAGGUGAGAUCCUGGCCCGCCAGGAGCUCUUCCUCAUCAUGUCCUGGAUGCUGCAGAGGUUCGACCUGGAGGUGCCAGAUGAUGGGCAGCUGCCCUCCCUGGAAGGCAACCCCAAGGUGGUCUUUAUGAUCGACUCUUUCAAAGUGAAGAUCAAGGUGCGCCAGGCCUGGAGGGAAGCCCAGGCUGAGGGUACCACCUAAAAGCUGUAACUCACAGCCCCUGUCCACCCUGUGGUCCCACAACACGGAUUUAGAGGUGCAACCACCCCCCGCUUCUCUGCCGUUCUUCCGAGCUCCCAGACCACUCUGCCUUCUUUUCCAGCCUGUGGCAAUGUCAGUGAUGUGCAUAAACAGUUUUUUUCAUAAGG